AUGUGUUCGGUUGAAGGCAGUAGUCCAGAAGAUCUCAGAAUGGUGAAAGACUGUUUGGAGAAGAUUGAACGGAUGAGGAAGGAACAAGCCAAACCCAAAGACAUAUUGGCUGAAUGUGAGCAAUGUCUCAAAAGAACCACAUUGCCGUUUGGGAAUGUCUUUCUUGUGAGAUUAGUGGGCAAGGCUUUUGAUGCUGCCAUUGAUGCUGAAGAAUGGGAGACAGCACUUCUGUUGAGCAUCAAAAACUACAAGCCUUAUUCAAUACUUCACCACCCCUUCAACCCAUGUGUAGGGUACCUGCUGGCAAAUAUGGGCAAACUGUUGAUGUUGGUAGGGAGGCUGUCUGAGGCUUUCCUGCAUCUGAAAAAGGCUUUAGAAAAUUUCACUGUGUCACUGGGAGAAAAUCACUUCCUGUACAAGCAGGUCAAAGAGAUGAUGGCGCAGUGCGAGGCAGAGAUGGACAGCCAGGAGCAGGAGAGGUGA